CAAGUGUUUAUUAAGCUGUUUAUGACAGUUUAGAACUUUCAUAUCUAAGAAGCUGUCCAGCAUGGAGGUGGAAACAGAUGUGUUAGCUGCAGGUUCAUCUACUGUAGAUAUACAGUCAAAUGAAUUGACAGAGUUUUCAUCUUCUGAAGAUUUGAAACCAGAUCUAUCGACCAUAUUUUCAUCUUCUGCUGGCAUCAAAACAGAAUUAUUGACAUUUUAUAAUUCUCAGAAUAUAAAACUUGACAUGACAUUUAAAACCACUCAAGAUGUUAAACCUGAUGUUACACCAGACUUUUCUUCUUCUGCUGACAUCAAAACAGAAUUAUUGACAUUUAUUAAUUUCCAGGAUAUAAAACCUGACAUGUCAUUUAAAACUUCUCAAGAUGUUAAACCUGAUGUUAAUUCAGAAUUUUCUUCUUCUAAUGACAUAAAACCAGAAUUAUCAUUUUUUAAUGUUCAGGAUAUAAAACCUAACAUGUCAUUUAAUAAUUCUCAAGAUGUAAAAUUUGAAAUUACAUGUUCAAUUGAAAAAAAUAAUAAGAAACCUGCUGCAUCAGCAGUAUUUUCAACAUCUGAAAAUUUAAAACCAGAAUUAUCAACUACUGAAAAUUUAAAAGAAGAUUUCACAACAGAAUUUUUAUCUUUUGAGGAUAAACAAGAAAAUGGACUUGAAGAAAAUCUACAAUUGUCUGGGGACAACGGAAAUAAAAUUGUUUAUUAUAAUCCAACAUUUUCUCAAAGUUCUAAAAGUAAUAUGCAUAAAAUUGUUCAUUCUGAAGAUAAGCCAUAUAAGUGUGAGGUCUGUCUUAAAAGGUUUUCUCAAAGUUUUCAUUUAAGAGAACAUAAAAAUGUUCAUUCAGGAGAAAGGCCACAUGAAUGUGAUGUUUGUUAUAAAAGGUUUUCUCAAAGUUCUCAUUUAAGAGAUCAUAAAAUGGUUCAUUCAGGAGAAAGGCCACAUGAAUGUGAUUUCAUAUCUAAGAAGCUGUCCAGCAUGGAGGUGGAAACAGAUGUGUUAGCAGCAGUUUCAUCUACUGUAGAUAUACAGUCAAAUGAAUUAACAGAGGUUUCAUCUUCUGAAGAUUUGAAACCAGAUCUAUCAACCAUAUUUUCAUCUUCCGCUGACAUCAAAUCAGAAUUAUUGACAUUUAUUAAUUUCCAGGAUAUAAAACCUAACAUAACACUAAAAAAGAUUCAUUCAAAUGAAAGGCCACAUGAUGAAUGUGAUGUUUGUCCUAUAAAAUUUGCUUAUUGGGAAGAAGUAAAAAAUGAACAAAAAGAAUGGAUCAUAACAGAGACAUGGGCCAAAAUUGAAGAUAGAAAAGAGAUAAAGCAAAAGAUUAACAAAUGUAAGGAUGAAAAAGAGAAAAUAAACCUCAGAACACAUUAUUGUGAAGUAAAUCGCAUGGUCAGGAAAAGUGCAAAAGAAGACAAAAGACAGUUCAUACAAGAGAUGAUAGCGGAGGCAGAAACUGCAGCACGACAAGGAAAAAUGAAGAGGCUCUAUGAAGUAACCAGGACACUAUCAGUUUUAAUGCCCCAAAAUUCCCCCCAAAUUAAGUGUUUUGAUGGUAAUCGACUGGAUCACGCUGAAAACCACAAAAAAACGACACAGGAAUCCAGUGGAGUUUCACCAAAAGGCUGGAGGAUCUUGAUUUUGUCGAUGACAUCUGCCUACUAUCUCACAAGCAUCAACAUACGCAAGCCAAACUAA